AUGAGCGACGAUGGGGAAGCGUUUCAGGCCGCUUUGAAACAGGUGGCCGAAAUGUUUCAACGAGCCGAUCAACUCGAGAAAUUGCCCGAAUUGAAGAAAAGAGCCGACCGGAAAAAGACAGCCGUCGAAGCGAUGCUUCGCACUGGGGUCCACAGUCAAUUGGAGGGCGUACGGACGGCAAUUCAACAAUUGCACACGGCACACGAUGACAUUUUAACGAUCGAAAAGGAACUCUCCACAAUUCGCGAUCGACUUGGACCGUUUCCCGCGUUAAAGGCUCGAAUGAGCGCAUUACGAGACGCGAACAUUUUGCACGGACAAUACGCAGCUGCAAUGGAGAAUAUGAAGCACAUCUACAACUUCAACGAGACGGUGCGCGCGGUGGAGAAGGCGAUCUCGAACAAUAAACUCCUCGUGGCGCACAAAAAUAUAAUGGAUCUCGAGUUGGCCCGCGACGAGUUGCUCUUCGAACUGCACAAAUUGGGUGGCAGCGAGCUCGAUAAACAGUUGCUCAUCAAAUUUUUUGGCGAGGUCGACAAAUUGGUGAAGAUGCUCACCGAGAACAUGUGGUUCGUGAUUGGACGAGCGCUGGAGAUGGUCAAGGGAAACGAGAUUGGGAAUGGGCCGCAAGAAUUGGUGACAUGUUUGCGAAUUGUGGAAAGGGAAGAGAGAAUCGAUCGAUACUAUGUGGAAAGACAGCAAAAUGCUGGCAACAACAAUCCGUUCAUGCCGCCGGGACGGCCGAGACAAUGGAGGAAAGAGACUUUCAAGGUACUCGAGAAGACAGUGUGGAGCCGCGUGGAGGGAAUGCAAAUUGAGGAUCGAGAUAGAAACAAAAGCUGGCUGGCACGUUACCUCGAGGUGAUUCGUGUGGUCGUGCGCGACGAUUUGUUGACGGCGAAAAACGCAGCGCAACCGUGUUUCCCACCCGAAUACCAGAUUUUCGAUCGUUUUGUUAAUAUGUACCAUCGAGCUGUCUCCCGCCGCUUACGCGAGUUGGCCAACGAAGAGUUGCUGAAGAAUGAACUGGUACAACUUUUGUCGUGGAUUGGCAAAUAUUCUGGCGAAGACAUGCUUGGGAACCCUCGUUUCAAGCUCAAUGUGGCGGCGAUUCUCUCGGAUAUCCCAUUGUUGCCAAAAACGACACUGAAAGAGUUGCACGAUCAAUUCAUCGAGAUGACCCGCAAGGAUAUCAAGGAUUGGCUGAGGAAAACGGUGGAUCGGGAAAAAGAGGAUUGGUACAAACACAUUCGACCUGAAGAGGACUCGAAUGGGUAUUUCUACACGCAACUACCGUCGAUUCUUUUCGGGAUGAUCGAGGAUAAUGUGAGCAUCUGCAAGGAGAUCUCGACGGAUUUGAUCCCGUCGGUCAUUCAUGUCAACAUCGAGGAGUUCAUUGGUUUUUCUGAUCAUUAUCGCGAUGCGGCUCUCGCCUACAAGGGAAAACACUUUGAGGAUCGAAAUCGUUUCCGCGAAUACACGUCAACAAUGAUAGCGAUUGCGAACAAUCUCCAAACAUGCAUCGAGAACACCGACAAGUACAUGAAACACAUUCGUUUAUUGGAUGGUGAUGUUGAAUCGGCGAGUGGUGUGAUGAGCGGAAGAUCGACUCGGAAAGAAGUGCUCAUUAAUAUCGACAAGUUGAAUGGGAAAUGGAAUGACGGGAUUUUGAGGAGUGUCAAUUGUCUACUCGAAGAGGUAAUGGCGGAUAUUAGCAAAUCGUUGGCCGAGUUGUUCUCGAAGAUUUGGCUCCAAUCGACGGCCGCAAUUGAGACAAUUUGCAUGACGAUCCACGAUUAUUAUGGAGAUCAUCGACACUUGCGACCAUUCAUCUUGUUGGCGUUGAUGUCCGAAUUGCAGUACAAAGUGGUGGCCGAGUAUUUGAAAGCUGUGGAGACGAAACGCCUCAAUUUCUCGAAUUUUGAUGAACGGGACUCCGCCGGGAAACGUUUGUUGACGGACGCGAAGAAAAUUCAACGAGUUUUCGAUGAAAUGGAUUUCGGAGAUGGCAGCGAAGUCGGGAAUGAGGAUGGGAAUCAGAUCCCGUCAAUCACUCGGGUUCUCUUGCAAAUCUCUUCCGUGAUCUCUCUUCGUGACAAAUCUCUUCUCUCGCUUGAGGCCACCACUUUUGCCCGAAAAUUCCCCGAUUGUGGCGCCGAGUUUUUAACGGCUUUGUUGGCGAGCCGAGAGGAUGUGGGAAGGAGUGAGGCAAAAGCGUUGGCCGAAGAGGUGAUGUCACACGUGCAAUUUCAUCCGCGUGACUCGACCAUUCAGAGACUGAUGGACGUUGCUCGGGUCACUGGCGGCUCCGCGCAAACGUGGUCUAUCCCGGCGUCACGCUUUGCGAUGGGAAACGUCUUGCAGCAGUUCAUCUCGAGGAGGGAU